GCCGCCGCCGCCCGCGCCUCCGUACCUGGCGCCGCCGAUUCCCGCACGUCCAUGGUGGCGGGCGGCCCCCGCAGCACAAAGGGAGACGCCGCCGGGAACGCCGCGGAGCGGGGCGGGAGGGGCCGUCCCGCUUCCGCCCCGCUGCCCGCCCCGCCCAGGCGGGAGGGCGCCGGAAGCCGCGCGCCGCCCGGAAGUGUACGAUGCGCCGCGGCCGCCAUGGCGCCGGCGUCGCGGUCCCGCAGCCCGCCCGCCGCCAGCCCCGAGCGCCGCGGCCGUCGGUCGCGCUCCCGCGAGCGCAACGGGCUGAAGCGGCCGAGCCACCGGCGGAGCCGCAGCUGGUCCCGCUCCCGCGAGCGCACCCCCGGUGGGCCGCGCGCCGCCGCGCACCACGGCCACCACCACGGCAAGGCCUGGCCCGAGUACUAUGAGAAGGAGAAGGAGGAGAUCCUACGGCAGAGGAGACUCAACGAAAGAGAAAGGAUUGGAGAACUGGGGGCACCCGAAGUCUGGGGACUGUCACCGAAGGUUCCUGACCCUGAUUCUGAUGAGCAUACACCGGUAGAAGACGAAGAGGCAAAAUCUAAGAGUAGUUCUUCAGAUUCCAGCUCAGAAGAGGAAAAAAAGAAAAAGAAGAAGAAAAGAAAGAAGAAAAAGCGGAAGGCAUCCAAAAGAAAACGCAGAAAACAUUCUGAGGACAGCGACAGCGAGUCAGAGUCUGAGGACUCCAGUGAUGAAGAUAGAAAGAAAAGCAGGAAGAAGAAAAAGAAGAACAGAAAGAAGAAAUACAAGAAAAAGAAAAAUAAGAAGAACAGGAAGGAAUCCAGUGAUUCAAGUAGUGAAGAUUCUGAUGAAGAAACGUUUCAGGGGGAGGAUCUCUGGAUUGAGAGAUCAAAAAAUACGGAAGCUGAUAGCUUGAUUGGACCGGAAGCUCCCAAAACUCAUGCAUCUCAGGAUGACAGGCCUUUGAACUAUGGACAUGCCCUCUUGCCCGGUGAAGGUGCAGCGAUGGCAGAGUAUGUAAAAGCAGGAAAACGUAUACCCCGGAGAGGUGAAAUCGGCUUGACCAGUGAAGAGAUUGCGUCGUUUGAGAGCUCUGGUUACGUCAUGAGUGGCAGCAGGCAUCGCCGAAUGGAAGCUGUGCGUCUGCGUAAAGAGAACCAGAUUUACAGCGCAGAUGAGAAGAGAGCUCUGGCAUCCUUCAACCAGGAGGAGAGGAGGAAACGAGAGAAUAAGAUCCUUGCGAGCUUCCGAGAGAUGGUCUACAGAAAGACUAAAGGCAAAGAGGAAAAAUAAUUGUUUGAACUGGACACCACAGGUUCUACCAAGCAGCAGCUGACCUGUUCCAGUUGUGACUAGAAAAAAAAGCUUCCAGUGCUGCUGUGCCUUUCACCCAACAGGGCCAAGCCUCAGGAGUGGAUUCCUUGGGUCAAGGAAAGAGUUGCUUUUGUCAGAUUUUCUUGGAUGGUUUGCUCACCAUCUACAAGGAAUCCCUGUAAAGUGAAAGGCUACAAAAGGCAGGGAAGGCAGGAACAAGCAGGGAAGGCAGGAACAGGCAGAGAAGAUGAAAGGUGCAAUGUGCUGAGCUCACUUUGAAUCAGACAAGCAGAAGGAUUCCAUGGGAGGGCUUUGUUACCUAAUGCUGAUAAGUGAGAUUUUCCAUUUAUUUUGAUUAAUCAUAGAAUAAUUUAGGUCAUAAAAGACCUUUAACAAGCUACUAGAAACAGUAGCAAAAGUGAAGUAAUUCCUUUUUAAGUUCCUGUUUAAGAUCUAAGACUCUCCACUUGGGUGUUUUUUCACAAGUCUUUCAGAGCUGUAUUUUUGGUUGGUGUUUUUUUUUUUUUUUUUCCCUUCCCCUCAGUUGAGUUUAGUUUGUGGUUCAAACUAGACCUGUAAAUAGAAGUGAGUUUGUAGUUUAAUACAGAUGGGCUUCAGUUACUUUAAAGCAAGCAGAUUGCAACUUGGGGUGUAAAAUAGUAGUAAUAGGAGGGUAUUAUUUUUCAAUCCAUGGAAGCCUGUGGUGAAGAAUUAAGUAGCUUGCUUCUUUUUCUCCUAUGUCAUACAUAGGUAUCGGAGCAGUAGGUGCAGUGAUUGGAACCCCUGGAUGUACACAGGUGGUAACAAGGAUGUAUCUUUCAAUUUAUUUGAAAUUCCUUUGUUUAUGGAAGUGUCUAGAUUAAAACCCUAUUUUAAUUUCUCUGGUAUUUGAAUUUGGUCUGGUCUAGCAGUAUUUUAUGGCUUUCUUUAAACUCUGUACUUGGAAGCUUACUCUGGGUAGUGCUUGUGUGGCACUUGUUUCUGAUUCAACUGCGUAUUUCCAAACGUACCCCGAGCUGCCUUUUUCUCAAAUGCUUUUAAAAACAAAGUGUUUUCUAGACUGUUUUUUGUUCACGUAAAUCUCUGUGUUGUAGUUUUGGCAGCAGAGAAAUGUCUUGUAUGUUUAUAUAAAGAAAAUAAAAGUCCUGUAAUGUU